AUGGAUGCGCGCGACGAUGCUCUGGCUGUCCUUGGGUGGCUGGUGGGCAUGCCCGCCGGCGAGUUUCUGGAGACUUACUAUGCGCAAAAGCCACUGUAUGUGGCCCGUAACGAUAGUAGCUUCUACGAUCAGGUGGUAGCGUUUGAUGUCCAGGCCCUGGAGGCUCUCCUCUCCGAGCACGAGGUGCCGUACGGGUACAACUUGGACGUGACCAAGGUCGACAGCCGCGGGCGGCGCUCGGAUCACAACGGCGAGCCCGGCGAGAUCGCCAAGCUCAGCGACGUCCUCGCCGCGUAUCACAACGACGGGUGCUCGGUCCGCAUUGUGCAUCCGGAAAAGUACGACCCGCCGAUGCUCACACUCCUUGCCCGACUGCAGGAGGCCUUCCGAGCCACCAUGGGCGCCAACAUCUAUCUGACGCCGGCGGGAACACAGGGCUUUGCGCCACACUACGACGAUGUCGAUGUAUUUGUCCUCCAGCUCUCUGGCGCCAAGAUCUGGCGCCUCCACCACGCACCGGACCCAGCGUCGAUGGACCUCGCCCGGUUCUCCUCGCCUGACUUUGCUCGCGGCGAUCUUGCUCCGCCGUUUGCCACCCACACGCUGCGCCGCGGCGACCUACUUUACCUCCCACGCGGAAUGAUCCACCAGGCGCUGGCGGCGCCCGACGAGGAUUCGUGCCACAUCACCCUCUCUGCGAACCAGCUCAACACCUGGGCCGACCUGCUCAAGGACGCGCUCACGCUUGCCGUCGAUGGCCUCGCACAGGAGAGCCCAGAGCUCCGCGCACCUCUCCCGCUUGACCUUUUUGACGCGUUUGGCGCCAUGCACUCGGACGAGGAUGGCCACAAUCCAGUCCGCGACGCCAUCCGCUCGUCGGCAGCCUCGUUUCUCAACACCAUCGUUGCCGCCUUGCCGCUCGAUGUGGCUGUCGAUCAGCGCGCUGCUCGGUUUGUGCACCUCUCGCACCCACCGCUUACUGAAGGCUCCCAGCUCCUCACUGCCAUUCACGCUGCCUCGCGCUCACGCAAGUUCCCGAUGCUCGCACCGCACCCGGCGCUGGGUCUCGAGCCGCGGACGAUUCCGUCGUCGCCGGCAACCGCCAUCCGGCUCCUCACCAAGUACGUCUGCCGCAUGGUCCUGACCGAGGCUGAGGACGAGGACUCGUUUGUGAUCUACUACAACUCGAACAACCCCUCCGAGCUCAACGUUGAUCCGCCGUCGCGGAUGACGCUGCCGCUGCUGAUGGCGCCAGCUCUGGAGGUGCUCGACAACGCCUACCCGGACUUUGUCCUCCUUAACGAUCUUCCCGAGCUCGACCAUGACGAAGCCCUGGACUUUGCGCAGGCUCUGUACGAAGCCCGCAUCGUGGUCGUCGACGACGGCUCAGCUCGUUCGUAGUCUUGCCCGCUACGGCUUGUCGUGGCUCACGCGCCGCUCGUCGCGGAGCCGCAGCUGCUCCGAGAGCUUGGAGACUUCGCCGACGAGCUCGUUGGCCAUGGUGACGACCGCGUCGUGCUCUGCGCGUGGAACCGAGGCUCCGCGCAGCGUCUCAUUUUCUCGGGUUAGUGUGGCAAGCGUCGACUUCCACACCUGCGACUCUUCGUUCCAGCCCUCGAGCACAGUCAUGAGCCGGACGUUCUCGCGCUCGAGGGCAGCGAUUGAGCCCUCAGCCGCCCGCGC